CUUACUCAUAAGUGAAGGUAGAGUGCCACUAUGCCUCUUGUAAUGCCCUGCCAGCCACUAUAUGUGGGUCAAGGCUACCAGACUCGUCCCUCCAGGGUGAUCAUGACGGCUUAAUUACCGUUAUUUCAUGGCUUUAGUUUGGGAUGGAGGCGGAGAAAGUAACAGAGUUUAUUUCCUACACACAAGCUGACCCAGUCCUCGCUCGACAAAUCCUGCAGAGUGAGAACUGGGAUGUCAAGGCCGCUGUGCGGCUAUUUACGGUGCUAAGAGGGGCCAGUCCCUUUCAUCACUCAGGGCCAGUGCGAUCUUCACCACCAAAUUUCGGUUCUUCACUCAAGCCUCCAGUAGCUCCUAAGCCUGUUUUUGAUCUUAAACCCACUUCUGAUACUAGACAUUUACCUGAUGGAAGAUCACCCAGUGGCUCCAAAUUGGCACCUCUCCCACCGCCAAGAGUGAGGAAGGUUGGAGCUCUGCCCAAGCUUUAUCAUGAAGGACAGUCUGGAACACCCAUCUUAUCCCAUGUUUUGCCUCUAGUGGGUCCAGAAGUCCUUCCUGUAGCAGGCAUUAUAGUUGAUCCUUAUAAUAAGAGCAUUAGUACAUCACGGGUCAGUAGUUUACCACCACUACAAAAAUGCUGCAGCAGCAUUAAUCGUUCUCAGAACUCUUGUCAAGGUCUGGACUACUCAUCUUGCACGACCCCAGUGGCAACUUCUUCAGUGCCUAGUAUAAAUAAAUAUCCGUCAAAACCUCAAAGUGGAAGUGCAAAGAAUGCCCUUCUUAUAGAAAAAGUUCGUGGUACAUCAGCAAGCCUCCUGGAGAGCCAAAGGAACCCUGCAUAUGAUGGCUCCACCAGGGGUGCCUCCAUGUCACAAAACUCAACUAUUUCUUCGCAAAUAACUGUUAAUAGUAGCUGUAUAAUAAGUGUCAAUAAUCCUAAUAAUAAUACUAAUAAAAAUAAUAAUAUAUAUUUAGAUGAUUUUUCACAUUCUGUGAAUGACUCAGGAACCCUUUCCACUGCAAGUCAGACAACGAACAGUGUUUACAAUGCUUCAUCCCAUUCAUCACCUUCCUCAUACUCUAUGCAGGCUGCUUCCAAAGACUUGUCACUGUACUCGUCAUCAGCUGUGCCUUUUGCCACUGGUCCGUCAGGUGUGAUUAUCUCCUCAAUCACUAAUAGCAUUGAUACACAUGCAAGAGACUCAAAGUUAGUACGAAUUAUAAAUGUGGAUGCUCCGAAAGACUACUUGUGUCCUCCUGGAUUUAAGGAUAAAAAUGACCGAGAGAGUAACUGUGUCUGUGACUGCCGAGAAUCUCGAGUGUUAGAAAGAAAUACUAAUCAGAAAGACCCUCCAUUAACUGAUAGUGUAGCUAGGAAAAUUGUUGAUGGAGAGAAGUAUGCGGUUGAUGAAGUGGAUAGAGUACAACGGCCUGAGGUAUCAAUUCUUGCCAGUUCUGGAUCAGGACCUUCGCUCUCUGCCCCAUGUUCACCUGCUAAGCCAUUACUGCGCAAAACAGAAGCAGUUGAUUUGGAAGAAUAUGAUUAUUAUAAAAAAUUGAGUCGGGGAAUAUCAAAAGCUACUGAUAAUGUCAAUAUAGUAUCGAAGGCUAGGUCUGAGUUUGCCCAAGAGAUAUGGGAAGCCAUAGACUCCAGCCGCACACCAUUUUUCAUAGAAACUCCUAUUUUCACUUUUACAUUACCAGAUCUUAGCAUAUAUUCAGAUGAAUUUCGAUUAUUUUUGGAGAGAGAUCUGAUAGAGACAUCAACACUGGUGUCCUUGGAGGGGGCUGGUCGCCUAAAUUGGUGGGCACUAGUUGGAGCUUCCCAACGAUUGUGGCCUUUGGCAACCACUGGUGAUGGCAAUUGUCUCCUGCAUGCUGCUUCCCUAGGGAUGUGGGGAUUUCACGACCGCUUGCUUACCCUCCGCAAAGCCCUACAUGAAUUCUUAACCCGAAGUCAGUUUAGCCGUCCAUUGUGGCGACGGUGGCGAUGGCAAGUGGCACAGCAGAAUAGGGAGACGGGCUUAGUAUACAGUGAUGAAGAGUGGGAAACAGAGUGGGCAAAUGUUCUUCGUUUGGCCUCGAGUGCCCCUCGUGGCAGCCAAGACAGUAGUGGAGAUGGAACUUCUGACAGCAGCCAGAAAGCUAAAGGACAGACCAGUACUUGUAGCAAAGCUGACUCUCCUCCUGCAAGCAAGAGGCUAAGCAAUGGGUUUCAAAGUAGCCAAAGUGAAGAUUGUGCAGGGCAUGUUUAUGAGAGUUUAGAAGAAAUACAUGUACUGGCAUUGGCCCAUGUCCUUAGAAGACCCAUAAUUGUGGUAGCCGACAUAACUCUCAAGGAUGUGAGUGGUGAACCAUUAGCUCCCAUCCCAUUUGGUGGAGUGUAUCUUCCGUUGGAGUGUCCCCCUCGUGAGUGUCAACGCUCGCCAUUGCUCUUGACGUAUGAUGCUGCUCAUUUCUCAGCUCUAGUGGUUAUGGAAACACAGGCAGAGUGUAGUGCCUCUCUGCUUCCUGCUGUGAUUCCCCUGACUGACUGCCUUCAUGAGUUACUACCCAUCCAGUUUGUGAUUGAUCCUGGAGAAGACUUUGUGUGGGGGCGUGACGACCAGAACCCAAUCAUUGUACAAAAGCUCACCAUUACCACCCAUGAUCAAGUUGGACUCCUUAAUGAAUAUCUUGAUGUAACCCACGUGCCAAUUCCACCGGGUUAUCUUGAAGCAUGUCAAGCAGUGGAUGAAGCUGAGUCACCAGAGAAUUAUCAUCCAGAGAUUGAGAAAAAAUCUUCAGAGUCUAGUUUUGACUCCGAUGAAGGCCCACCAUUCUUAGAUGGAACAAGCGGGAUAUUUGCAAGCAAGAGCAAGGCCUCUAAGCAGUUGCAGACAGUUGCAAAGCAGUUUGGCAGUAUUGGUAAAACCAUGUCAAAGAAAAUUAAGAAGAAUUUUGGUACUUUAUCAAAACUUGGUCGGGCUGGAUCAUUUAAGAAAAAAGAUGAAUACAUAAAAACAUGUAGUAUGGCCAAAAAUGGUCGUAUGCUGAAAAUUUCCACACAUCAGAAUUUCAUUCUAGCAGCUAUGAUUCACACUGAAAGGCGCCAUGCAUACCAAGAAGAGAUGGUGCGCAACUAUCUCAAUACUGCACGUCGCAGGUUUGAAAAAGAUGCAGAAUUAAAAAAACUGCAAGAAGAAGAGAUGAAGCAGUUAAAGCUGGAUCAGCUAGAGCAUCAAGCUGAAAUGGAAGGCCCAGUGCAAUGUAUUAACCCAGGCUGCAACAUGUAUGGAACAGCUCUCACAUCUUACAUGUGUUCAUCAUGCUUUUCUAAGCAAAAGGAACAAGAGCAAGAGUACAAGCGACAGACAUCAAGUAAUCUCAAUUCUCCAAAAUCUACAAAUUUUCAUGCUGAUGGGCCACAGUAUGGGGCUGGGAAGUCAAAAUUUUAUGCAGAGUUGGAUGCUGCCUCAGUAUCAGAUGCAUCAAAAAUUCCAGUUAUUCAGUCACUGUCAUCUAAAAAAGAUGGGACAUUAUUUUUAUCAAACUCCACUUUCUACAGUGAUAGUUCUACAGUUCCCAGCUAUAACAUUGCUAAAUCUCAGUCUGCUGUUCCAACCAGUGAUCUCUCAGUGAGUACUAGUACUAAUUCAUUGGGAACAGACUCUCCAUUGCAGCUUUCACCCCCAACUGUUAUAACCACCACAAUGGCCCGCCAGAGCACCGAAAGCUUUACUCCUGUUGCUAUAGAUGAUGUGAGCGUCAAUGUCCGGGGAGAUGGGUCAGACAGUCCGUCUCAGCCUUGCUUAACACGAGAUUGUAAGUUUUAUGGAAGCAGUUCAACUGGUGGGUACUGCUCUCGGUGUUAUCAGGAAAAUAGCAGCAUCAGCCCCAAAAAUGUGAUGGUACAGCAGAUAAAGUCUGUCCAGCUAUAGGUUUUAGCCAAAUCUUAUCGAGUGCUUUUAAUUUACCAGUGAAUGUUUAUGGUUUUGGCAGUUUUGGUGUGUAACCCCUUGAUAGAUUUUAAGAUAUUUCUUUUCUAGUCAUAGUGCCAUAGCCAUUUGCAAGUUAUGUUACAUGUUGAUUCCAGUGAUGUUUUUAUUGAAAAUGAAAAUGCACUUACCUUAACAUGAGUUAAGGAUAGCUGUGCCUUUGAUAUGUAAAGAUCUAUUAGUAAUUUCCUCACAUUAGCAGGAAAUGAUGAAUGAUAGAAAUAUCAAGGUUCUUGUGUUAAUAUAGGUGAAAGUAGUGGAGAAUGUGCAAGGUUUGUGUGUUGCAUUAUAUGAACAUAUUGUACAGUGAUUACUAGGUCAAAUUCCUAGUUUGGCCAAAAUGAAAACUAGUAAUGGAGAAGACAUUCAUAAGAAUGUUUUUAAGCAAGACAAAAUUACUUAGUCUUGCUAUUAUUGAACAGUUUGUAUAUCAAAGAGUAAGCAUAGUCUGUUUUGCUAUAUUCAGAAACAAUAGAUUAAAAGAAAUUUCAAGUACUGGUAGGUGUUUUCAUGAAUAUCCACUUAGCUUUUUAUGUAAAAAAAAAAAAAAGCUUUAUAGUGGUGUACUUUGAAGGAAAUGCAGGGUGAAUAUAUGAGAAAGAGCUAUAUUUAGUUACUGUAUUUGCAUUUAUAUGUGCAUAUGCAAAGGACUUGUGUGUUUACUCAACAUUAAAUGUCAUCUUAUUUACAUUGGAAGUAAAUGGCAUUAGUUGCAAGAAGUGGCAGAAACUGUUUGAAGAUAUUUUUGUGGCCUUAAUAUGUACUGUAUUGUGUCUUCAUGUUCCUACUAUAAUGAUUUCUUUCUUAUACAUUCUAAUAUGAAAUUUAGAUAACUCACUGGCAGUUAUAUCAUUAAGAUUCACUAUAGGACUCUUCUGUUUUUUGAAAAUGAAUAUGACCAGAUAUUAAUUUUUCAGCACAUGUUAAACUUCUUGCAACCCAUUUACUGCACCCAUUCCUCUCUCCAUUUUGUGUUAAAGAUUUACUGAACACUCACAACUUGCCUUACAUUUCUAAAUUUUGGCUAAUUAUAAUAAGAUAGGCUGGUAAAAUAGGAAGGCAUAUCCCCUAUAACUGAUAAAUUCUGUUGUUCGAACUCUUGAGACCUGCAUUGUAGAUCUAUUAAUGUGAAAAGUUUUAAAAUUGUUAAAAUUAUCCUUUGACAACAGUAUGACUCCUUUUUUAUAUUCUAUAUAACUUGUUUUUCUUUGUGGAUUUCAGUCUUGAGUGAAGUUCAGUAGCCCUAAAAUAUAUUCCUAUCUAAAUGACGUGUAACGAAAACUAUUUAGUGAGAAAAUGCAAGUGUACGUCCAUUGUCUUUCAGUGCAAAAGAAUAGAAAAAUAAGACCUGUGUAACUAUCAGUUUUGUAUGCAUCUCUAGGUAAUCUCCAAAAUAGUUACAGAUAUUGUGAAAUACACAAUGUUUGCAGUUAUUCCCUAGUAAUUAGUAAGCAUUGCUUGCUCUCUAGGAAUUCUUCAGAUUUAAAAUAUCUCUUUUGUUAUUUAAUUGCAUAUGUGGCAUUCUUCAUUGUUGUUAUUUACAUCCUAGUAAAUUUAAUCCUGGUGUAAUAGAAUUGCAAAGUUUUGAAAUUUGCAGUUUGCAAUUUGCACUUGCAACUGAAAAUUCUUUCCAUGAAAUAUACAACAUUAGAUUUGCAGUAUCAUCUUUCAUCCCCAUACAAGGUGAAAUGAUAUGCCAUUGCCAGCUAUAUGAUGAAAACUAAUAAUUUAAAUUAUAUCAACCCACUUUUUCUCAAAUCUAUGCAGACAGGAUUUAGAUCAAUCUAAUGAUCUCAGAAAAGCAUUCUGUUGCUGGAGUUUCACUUUAAUAGCAUUCUCAGCCAUCACUGAGUAGAACUAAAUUUGCUAGAGAAUUGUGCUGAAGUAGUUUUUUCCUAGUGGUCCUGUCCUUCCCAGUUACCACAUCUAUCGAGUGCAACUUCUUUGCUUUGAAGCAAAUGAAAACCUACUGCAUAAAUUCUCAAGGUCAGUUGACAAAUAAUCAUUGUAGCAUCUUAAGAGGAAAUGAGAAUUAUGCAGUAUACAAGUCUAUUUCAACAUGAUAUAUUGUUUAUACAGAGAUGAAUGACACUUGAGUGCAUGCUGAAAGCUCAUAUUCAUGCAGAGCAUUUUGGGCAAGUAGAGUUACUAAUUAUUUUGCUUGAUAGCCAAGAGAAACUCAGUUGAAUCACAUUGAAAAUGGUCAGUCAGAUAAUAUUUCAUGUUACUAUUUUCUAUUUUGUUAAAUGAAUCACUGAAUAGAAAAAUUUAUUUUUAUUCAUAUUUAGGCUUUAUCAAAAAGCUUAACAGUGUCACUUUCUUACCCAAACAGUUUGUCCCAACUUGCCACUGUUAUGCAGUAUGUAAUGUAUACAACAUAUAGUUUCCAAAACUACACUUAAGCCAUGUAGAGUACUAUAUACCUUUGUGGUAUAAAACCACUUAUAGCAGAGAUCCUCUUGUUUAUACAAGGUUUCACCAUCAUUUGUCAGUUUAUGGCCAAAUACAAUAGUCACACUGAAGUUUAAAACGUAUAAUACUUUACGUAACAUACAGUUUAAAGUAUUCAAUAACUUAUAUAGCAUACAGUUUACACAUGCAACACUGUUCUACUUAUUUACACUACAUUAUCCAUGUGUGUUUAACAUUUAUUUUUCCUCUAAUAAUAAUACUUACAGGACAUGAAGGAAUGAGAAUUGUAUAUUUACAGAUAUUGUAACUAUUUUUGAUAAAUACAUUGGUGUAUUGGUAGUCAUGCAGUUAAUUACAUUUUGAUAUAUACAUAAAAAAUGUGGAAUGUAUGCAUGCAUUCUCCUGCUAAGUCACCUUUUAGUCACACCUGGAGAGUAUAAAGGAAUUUAGAGGCUACUAUAAUAAUGGUAGAUGAUUUUGUAGUCUGCUAAAGCUAUGGAUUAUAUUCUAUGCAAUAUUCAGUUACUUUUUAUUGUCAAAUGAUGAUGAUGUUACAUUUUACAGAGUAGCUUGAAGCAUUGUCCAGUUUGUUGAAAAUGGUAUAAAAUACUGAGAAUUUGGUAAGUAAGAUAUAUGUGUGCAGUAGUUGAAUAUCUUUACUGUUGAAAGGUUUUGCUUACAAAGUAGGCUUCUUCAGACACAUACAGAGUAUUUGACUGAAGAAGUCUACCAUGUAAACCAUGGGUCUCCAACCUGCAUCCCACAGGCCGUGUGUAUCCUAGGAAAUAGAUGCAGCCCUCGCACAUAAAAUAGAUGCAACCCUCACACAUAAAAUUGUGAAUUCACUUUUAUGUAGGUUCCACACUACACAGUGUCAACAAAACCAUUCUGCCAUCAUCACACAUUUGACCAUCAAAUGUGGCUCACUUGUGUAGGAAGGUUGAAGACCACUGGUGUAGGUGAAACUUUUCAACAAUAAAGAUUUCGAACUGUUGCACAUGUGUCUUACCCUGGAUUAUUAUACCCAAGAGGAAAUGUUGAGCCAACCACAAAGGAUCAGAAUGAAUUAACCAAACAACUGAAGUACAGCACUUGAAAAUCAACACCCCAGAGAGGAAUGGGUUGACACACUAAUCUGGUGCACUAUUACUACCUCCACUUGAAUGUCAUUUGGGUUAUAAAGGUAUAUUUUCUAUUACAUUUAUUAUUAACUGUUUUCGAAAGUAUUUGUUUGCAUAUCAAGAAUUAUAUGCAUGUUCAUAUUUUCCAUUAUCAGAAUGGUAAUAUGGACAUUGGACUUAGUAAUGCAAGUGUAAAAUAAAUAAAUAAAAUAUAUAUAUAUAAAUAUAUAUUAUUUGUUUAUUUAUAUUUAUAUUUUCAUACUGUAUAUUUCUGCCUAAAGUGAACUUACUAUCAAGGCAGGCAUUUCAGUAGCUUAGCAUUUGCAAUUGAUAGUUAAACAUGUAAUGGGUUGGGUUAUUGCAUGUUCUGUAUGUUAUUCAUUUUCCUCUCCAUGUAGAAUGAGAACAUUGUAGCAAAUGCCCAAGAAAUCUUUCAUUAUUUAAACAAAUUUAUACUAUAUUAUAUAUAUAUAUUAUAUAUACGGUGGUAGAGCACUGCGUACCUUGUUCCAAGGUUCGUAGGUUCAAGUCUCCGUUGACCUGAGAAUAGUGUUUGUGAAUAUUAUAUAUAUUAUAUAUAUAGUAUUUUGUAUGUAUGCAUGUUUGCAAUGUAUAUAAUGAUUCUUGCUACUUGAAGGUGCUGAAGCACAUUCUAGCCUAUGUAACUCAUGUGCCCUGAUGUGGUAGUCAAGAUUGAUACCUGUAAUGAUCUUUACAGAAUAACAUACUCUCAAUAAUGUUUAUUUGCACGCAAUGCUGACUACCUGAUUGCCAUAGCAGUAUAUGCUGUGACAACCCAUUUGUGGUGGUUAUAGCUACCAUAGUAGUACAUGCUGUGGCAACCCAUUUGUGGGGUUUAUUGCCAUAGUAAUACAUGCUGUGGCAGCUCAUUUGUGGUGGUUAUUGCCAUAGUAAUACAUGCUGUAGCAACCCAUUUGUGGUGUUUAUUGCAAUAGUAGUACAUGCUGUGGCAGCCCAUUUGUGUGUUUAUUGCCAUAGUACAUGCUAUGGCAACUCAUUUGUGGUAGUUAUUGCAAUAGUAGUACAUGCUGUGGCAGCCCAUUUGUGUGUUUAUUGCCAUAGUAGUACAUGCUAUGGCAACUCAUUUGUGGUGGUUAUUGCCAUAGUAGUACAUGCUAUGGCAACUCAUUUGUGGUGGUUAUUGCCAUAGUGGUACAUGCUAUGGUAACUCAUUUGUGGUGGUUAUUGCCAUAGUACAUGCUGUGGCAACCCAUUUGUGGUGGUUAUUGCCACAGUAUUGCAUGCUGUGGCAACCCAUUUGCAGUGUUUAUAUUUCAUUUGUUAUUAACUGUAUGUAGAUUAGUUUUGAUAUCACAGGUAACUGUAUUUUGAAAUACAGCUUUCUUCCAUUUCAUAAACUUGGUAAAUAUUUUUAAUAGAAGGAGUGCAUAACUCAUUUUUGUACAAAAUAUUUAUUUUCAGCUGUACAGCACGAAUUUAUGUCAUGUAAAUAACUACUUACAGUACUUUGAGCAAGUGGAACUUGUACAAAUAUCUUCUGUUAAGGUGAUCAUCCAGCGGCAUGAAUGGCAUGUAGUUCUAGUUAGACGCACCUCUUCAUAUAUUGCAAUUGUUCUGUGGAAGCGCUGCAUCUGGCUUCCCAAGAAAUUCAUCAAUUUUUUAGUGAAUAAGUGUAGCAGCAGAAUCACUGAACAUAAUGAAUUCAUUGGCACUUCUUUUUUUGCUCAUUGAAAGGUUACAGGCAUUAGUCAGAGGAUAUACAUUCUAGUAAUUAGUCAUUAAACUUAAUCUAUCUAUUGUUUGGAAUAUUUUCAUGCUCUAGACCAGUGGUUUUUAACUCUCUUUUUUUUCAGUACAUAUCAUUUUUGUAUUUUUGACAGCCAGGGACUAGUGUAGAAAUUUAACUUUAGCUGGCAGAAACAACAUCUGUAUUCUGCUAGUUUUAUUUUGUUGUGAAGUUUUGUAGACUGCCACCAGAAGUUUCAUGGUUGUCUCCAAAAGUUUCAUGGAAUGCUUCCAAAAGUUUUGAAGAGCUAUAUCCAUCUUGUGGGGCCACCUCCAAAAGCCUAGCAUCCCACUUCCAUAAGUCUUAUGGGUGAACUCCACAAGACUCGCAGACCACCUCCCAGAGACUCACUGACCAUUUCCAGAAGGCUCACUAACCAUUUCCACAAGACUCAUGGAUCACCUCCAAAAGUUUCAUGAAUCACUUCUACAAAUCUCAUGAAACACCUCCCAAAGUUUCACAGUAUGGAUUGGGAAAUUUCUGCUUGAGACACGAGUUUCGGUUCAUCAAGCACUUGUUACUUGAAUUUUUUUUGUCAUAAACCACUGUCUCAUUUUCUCUAUUGCUUGUUAGUUUUCUUGAACAUGCAGUAAUUGCUGAUACUGAGUUGAGAUCUGUUUAUUGAGGAAAUAAUGAUGAGCUCAGAGGUUUGUCAUUUGUCAUAGAAUUAUUUUAAAGCCUGUCAUUGCUAUAGAUGUGGCUUCCAGAUAUGCUGUUAAUGUAAGAUUGAAAAGAUAGUUCAACUAUUUGCAUAUAACCUGAUAGCUUUAUUUCUUGAAAGUUUUCAAACAAAACAUGAAGUAUAUUGCUUAAGAGUGGUACCUCUUCAAUUACAGUAGGUGUAUCAAUAAUCCUAAAAUUUAUGUAGUUUACUACUGCAGUGUGCUAAGUCAUUGUGGGUUUUAUAAUCAGUAGCUUACAUUUAGUCACUUACCAAAAGAGAUGCUUAUUUUUAUAAAUACAAUAUACAAUAUUUUUUUAUAUAUCUGGAUUUUUAUCAACUAAGUCAUUUCUCAUAUAUUUAUUUCCUGCUCUUCUCUUUUCUCUUCAUUACAGGAAAGGGGUAACUAGCCAUGUGUCCCUGGCAAUUUAGGUGUCUUUUUUUUGACAUGCAUGGCUUGUGAGUGAAGGAUUCUAAUCUGCUUCCUCAUGUUACAUAAUGUGUAUUUUUUAUGUUAUGCCAUCAUUUCAUUUAUAAACUUAUAGAAAUUUUUAUGUUAGAGUAUGGUACUAUGUGAUAAAGAUAAUACUAUUUUAAAUUUUUAACGAUUUGUGUAGUACAGUAUAUUGCUUCUUUGCUUAUCAAAUGAAUCCUUAGAUUUUAAGAUUGCAAAUGAGUGGAUGACAUAUGAUGAAUGUUGAAGGUGACUAACUUCAUGAGAAAUAAGAGGAGACAGUUUAAUGUUCUUCUGCAGCUCUGGUAAUAAUGGUGCACUUCCUGAAGCUGUGUAUCAUCACAAAUAUAAAAGACAAGCUAUUACUGAUUAAGAGUUGCCUGAAUAGGAAUGUUAUUUGUUAUUCUUCACUGAAUAAUUAACUAGGUCACCAUUGCUGUUUAGGUUUAGUUUAUUCUUGUAGUUACUCAUAAUGACAAGCUUUAAAAAUACAAGUGUAGCAUUAGAUUUCAUAUUGGAUUAGAAAAAUUUCAAUCCAGAGCCAAAGAUGAGGUGUGACCAUGCACACACUGAAUACAACACAUGCCCUAAUUUCCAGGACAAUUUUUUUUUACUUUAUUGCAUAAAUUUUGUAAUGUCUUCAUUGAUCAUCAGCCUGUAGGAUUUUUUUUUUUUAAGAGAGAGAGUAGACCUAUGGCAUAACUUGGCAGUAUCACAUCUUAUCACAGGCCUCAUUUUAUUUUAUCAAGUUU